AUGGCUUCCUCCGCCAACAAGCAUUCAGACAAGCAUGAGCACAACUACACCAUGAUGCAAGCCUUCGAGUGGUACACUCAGGGUGAGGGCAAGCACUGGCAGUGGCUCGGCGACAAUGCCAAACGCUUCGCCGACAUGGGUAUCACAGCCGUGUGGAUCCCGCCUCCCACCAAGGCCGGUUCCGCUUCCAGCACCGGAUACGACAUCUACGAUACCUGGGAUCUGGGAGAGUUUGCGCAUCCUCGAGACGAGAAGGCUGGCGUCCGACCUCCCAAUCGAACAAAGUACGGCACUCGAGAGCAGCUCGAGAAGGCGAUGCAAGAGCUUCGCAAGAACGGCAUUUCUAUCUACGUUGACGCCGUGCUCAACCACCGCAUGGGCGCCGACGAGCUCCAGACCUUCAAGGCUCGCAUGGUCGACCAGGAAGAUCGUACGAAAUUCUGCUCGGAUGCGUACGACAUUGAGGGCUGGACCAGAUUCACUUUCCCAGCUCGUGGUGACAAGUACUCUGACUUCAAAUGGGGCUUUGAGCAUUUCACAGGUGUCGACUGGGACCAAAAGGCCGAGGUCUCGGCGGCCUUCCUAAUCCAAGGGGAAGGCAAGCACUGGGCCGAAGACGUCGACAAAGAGAAGGGAUCCUACGAUCUAUUGAUGGGCGCUGAUGUCGACCAUGCUCAUCCUGACGUCAAGAAGGAUCUCUUGAACUGGGGUGCCUGGAUGAUGCGCAACUUUCCGAUCGCCGGCUUCCGCUUCGAUGCGGUCAAGCACAUCUCGCGCGAGUUCAUUCACGACUUUGUUGCCCACAUUCGCGAACAGUCUCGUACGCUCCGCAAAGAGCGUGGUCUCGAGCCCGCAGACGAAUCGGAAGGUCCCAUCUCGUUUAGCGUCGGAGAGUUCUGGAAGGACAGCCUGGGAUCCUGCCUCGAGUACCUCGGCAAAUUCGGAGACGAGCAGUUCUCGCUCUUCGAUGCACCUCUCCACUACAACUUCAAAGAGGCCGGAGACGGAGCUGAAAACUACGAUCUGCGCAAGAUCUUUGACGAGACGAUCGUGCAGGCUCGACCCAUCGAUGCUGUCACGCUCGUGGAGAACCACGACACGCAGAAGGGCCAGGCUCUGGAAUCGACCGUACCCGCCCAAUUCAAACCACUGGCCUACUCUCUCAUUCUGAUGCGCGUUGACGGCUACCCUUGCGUCUUCCUCGGCGACCUCGACGGUUGCAACCCGACCGGCAUCGACAACGGCGAAGGAAAGGCAGAUCCGAUGGCCGAUCUGGAAAAGUUCGUCAAGGCGCGCAAGUACUUUGCCUACGGAGAGCAAAAGGAUGUGUGGGAUCACCCCAACUGUGUUGCUUGGGUCAGAACCGGCACGAAGGCUGACGACGAUUCGGGAUACGAUGCAUCGGCCACCAUCAUCUGCAACGGCUCCGGACAAGGAUCCAAGUGGGUCGAAGUCGGUAAGCGCUACGCAGGCCAGAACUUUGUCGAUGUCAUCGGCUGGUUCCAAGGCGAGGCAAAGGUCAACGAUGACGGCUGGGUCGAAGUGCACUGUCACCCUCGUUCGGCCUCGAUCUGGGUCCCCGAGAACUCGAAGCAUCGUCAGUUCUUCUAA